AUGGUCCUCUCUGAGGCGCAGACGCUGGCGGUCCAGCAACUGAGGCUCCAGCUAACCUCACCGGAGAGUGCUGCCAAGCAUGUUUCUGAAGCAGAGAGGGACCGGCGUAUGGCCCAUCUUAAGAGCACAUUGGUGGGCCUCAGCAUAGAAGGGCCGAUGGAGCCAGGGAGGAAAGUGCUGGAUGAGUGCGCUCAUCAGGAAGCCACCGGGCAAUUGAAAUACUUGCCGCCGGAGAAGUGUGUCAGCAGGAUGCACGAAGCCGUGUCAUGGGCCGAGUACGAUCGCUAUGUGACCAGGCUUUUUGCCCACCUUCACCGAGAAGCGCCCCCAGGGUUUGGGCGAGUGUCGGUGAGUCAGAUAGUGGAAGCCGAUAGGAAAGUCUUUUCCAAGCUCAUUGAGCAGGAUGUGAAACCCCAGAAGGCGGGGGAUGGGUCGUAUCCACUUGACAAAGCACUGGGUGAGGCUCUCACUUCGUACGAAGUGUCCUUUUGUUUGAUGCACCUCCCCCUCAAGGGCCCCAGUGCUCCGCCAGCGCGGCCCAACAAGCGAGGUCGUGAUGAGCAGCCAAGCAAAGGCCGAGGCCGUGGCCGUGCGUCCAGUAGCAAAGGCAAGGGCCACAGCAAGAGCUCGCCGUCAUGGGUUUCCAUCCCCAAGUUCAUCCGAGACAGAGGGGGAGUGGCCUCCUUGCCAAGCGGAGAAGCAGUCUGCUUUGACUUUAACAUCCAUGGGGACAAGUGCAAGUGCAAGCCCGACUCCUGUCCACGCAAGCAUGUGUGCGCCAAGUGCUUCGGAAACCACCCCCAUUAA